UUGAUUUAUGGUUCUAACGACAGUCUCGGCAGGAGAAGAGACGAACAGCAGCCACUGAGCGCUGACGGGAUAGCCUACUCGUUCCGCGAAUUAAUGCACGCGGGCAUCAUAAGUUUAUUUUUUUAUGUUUGCCCAUUAUGAUGUGAAGAGAGCUGAGAAAACGCUGCAGCGUUGUGCAACAGGAGCGCAAAACUCACAUCAAACCUAUUUUUGAUUCUUACUUAUAACAUGCGGGAUGAGAGAAGCAGAUGAGAGAGGGCUUGGUGACAUAACAUCAAUGACUGACCUUUGACUCGUGAGGGAGCGUUGUCUCCCUGGGAGGGAGGAAGUGGCCAGCCCAGGUCUAGGGAUGGACAAGGAAAGCUACCCAGUGUGGAGCGCCUGGGGACCCAACAUCACAAACUGCACUGUCCCACCUGCCAGCAGCCGGCAGGCAAUCCAAUUCACAGACGGGAUGGCGGUGGUGGUUGUUGUUCUCAGCCUCCUUACCUUCGUCACUGCGCUCAUCAAUGCCGCUGUCAUCGUCGCCAUCUGCACCACCAAGAAACUCCACCUGCCCGCCAACUACCUCAUCUGCUCUCUGGCUGUCACUGACUUCCUGGUGGCGCUCCUCGUGAUGCCCAUAAGCAUCCUCUAUAUCACCAUGGAGACAUGGUCCCUGGGUCAGGUGGUGUGCGAGUUGUGGUUGAGCAUUGACAUGACCUGCUGCACCUGCUCCAUCCUGCACCUGUGCGUCAUUGCCCUGGACCGGUACUGGGCCAUCACCAAAGCCAUCGAGUAUGCUCGCAAGAGGUCGGCCCGCCGCGCAGCCAUCAUGGUGGGAAUAGUCUGGGUCAUCUCAGUUUUAAUAUCCAUGCCACCCUUAUUCUGGAGGCAGAGGCCAAGCAGUGGCAGCCUCCAACAGUGCAUCAUAGAGCAUGAUCACCUGGGAUACACUAUAUACUCUACUUUGGGGGCAUUUUACAUUCCCAUGUUCAUCAUUCUUAUCUUAUACUACAGGAUUUACAAUGCCGCAAAAACUCUUUACCAGAAGCGUGGCUCUUCUCGCCACCUCAGCAGCCGCAGCAUGGGCAGUCAGAACUCUGUAGACCAUUGCCGUGUCUCCCACACAUUUUGUAUGUCGUACUUGUCCAACUCAGAUCCCAUGCUGGCUACUGACAAACUCAACACUACCAUCCGCAUCUCAUCCUUUGACACAGACAUGGACGGGCAGGAUGAGAAGAACCAAAUAUGUACCUCACGUGAGAGGAAAGCAGCUCGAAUCCUCGGCCUCAUCCUUGGGGCCUUCAUUAUCUGCUGGCUGCCUUUCUUUUCAAAGGAGGUCCUAGUGGGUCUGCAAAUGGUUCAGCCAUCUCCGCUUAUAUCAGACUUCCUGACAUGGCUGGGUUAUAUCAACUCUCUCAUUAACCCCCUGCUGUACACCAGCUUCAAUGACGAUUUCAAAAUGGCUUUUAAAAAGCUACUCAAGAUAAAAGAGCAUGCAUAGGUUUGAGGCUAAAAGGGAAUGUAUACACCU